AAAAAUUGUAAUCGCCUUGCGGGCCGAUUAACCUCGUUUUGUUUCUCUGAUUUUUCUGUUUUCAGUCGUCCUCGUCGUCGCGAGAGGAUAGCUCGAGGGGCGAAGGAGGAAGAGGAAGAGGAGGAGGAGGGGGGAAGAAUGGAGGACGGGAGCCGCGAACGGCAACAGCCCCUGCUCCGUUCGAUCAACAACGUGCACAGAUCGUUCGUUAAGUUCGUGAACAGGACGCUGCACAACGUGGUCCUCUACUGGAUCGAUUACCAGGGCCAGGCGGUGAGCUACGGCGCCCUGUCGCCGGGCGAUUGCCUCGAUAUCGACACGUUCGUCACCCAUCCGUGGAUCUUCGUCGACCAGGAGACCAGAGACAGGUACACGGUGAAUCAAAGGGACGUGUUCUUCCCGGAGCCUUGGUUCGCCAGGUAUCGCGACCUCCAGCGAAGCGAGCUGCCCCAAAGGCACGAAAGGACCAGCGUGUACAUCACGCUGCCCGUGUACACUCUUCGCGAGCUGUCUCUCAGGGCCAUCAAGCGACGCCUCACCCACGAUCGACAGGCGUUCCAGCUCGAUAUACCAAGGAGCCUUCAAUACGAGCUCGCUACCAUGCUUCCACGGAACGAGGACGAGGAGGAACAGGAGCAUGAGGAGGAGGAGGAGGACGAGGAGGUGGGGAAUGCUCGAAGCUCGUAGCGAUCGAUCAUCAACGGGAAGGGGGGAGGGGUUGGCGAGUCGUCUCGUCUUUCGCCUGGAUCCACGUGAGUCCAGUCGUGACUCGAGUCGAGAGAUACAUAUGGGAGAGGAGAGGGGAUAUUGGUGUCGAAGAGGGAGAAAACGUUUUCUAUUGGCUUCUAACUUAUCUUGGAUGUGGGGCUCAAGGGGAAUAGCGUUUUUCAAGUUGUUGUUGGUUUCGAUUCGCGAUGUACACAGUGGACGAUCGUAAUGAAUUUUAGGAGCGAAAAGACUACGUUUAAAACUUAUUUCUUCCUCGUUUGUGUAUCAUCGAAACAACUAUGCUUGUGGAUGGUUUUCAAGAAAGAAACUUCCUCCGUUUUUUUAUAUAUAUAUCGUUGACAGGUUUCUUUUCGAUCGAAAACGAGAGUGAAAGGAUAUAUAAAAUGGUUUUCAAGAUGAAACGAACGUGUGGGAUGUCGAAAGAGAUUCUGGAUACGGAUUUGAUUCGUAUCGAGGAUUUUUUUUGUCCCUGCGCCAAACAAACAAACGAAAAAACUGUAAGGGAUUUUGAAAAUCCCGCGGAUUUAGAAAAAUGAUCAAUUGGUCGAGAAUCCGUGAACGAGAAUAUUUUCACGCGGAGGGGUGGGGGAUGUCUCGAAUUCUCGAGCGUCGCAAAAAUCCGGAGGGGGGUGAGGAGGAUGAGGAGAGAAAAAAACGGUCGGUUCGAUCAGCACGUCGCCGCCCCUGUUUGCCGCGAGAAUAAAAAAAAAAAAAAAAAAGAAAAAAGCCGCGAUAGUCUGCCUUUUCCCUUUCGAAACCGCGA